AUGGGCCCCCAGCCCAGCGGAACCGCCUCACGGGCUGAUAGGCAGCGAAAAGAGGCGGGAGGCCUAAAGGAGGAGCGAACAUGGCGUGGGAGGGGCGAGUCGCAGGGCUGUGACGUCACCCCUGCUCCGGUGUCGGCGGGCGGCGCGGCGCCCCCGGAAGGUGCCAUGUCUAACGGGGUUUACGUGCUGCCAAGUGCGGCCAACGGAGACGUGAAGCCGGUGGUAUCCAGCACGCCUCUAGUGGACUUCCUGAUGCAGCUGGAGGAUUACACGCCUACGAUCCCUGAUGCAGUGACUGGUUACUACCUGAACCGUGCUGGCUUUGAGGCCUCGGACCCACGCAUAAUUCGGCUCAUCUCCCUAGCUGCCCAGAAAUUCAUCUCAGAUAUUGCCAACGAUGCCCUACAGCACUGCAAAAUGAAGGGCACAGCCUCUGGCAGCUCCCGAAGCAAGAGCAAGGACCGCAAGUACACUCUAACCAUGGAGGACUUGACCCCUGCCCUCAGCGAGUAUGGCAUCAAUGUGAAGAAGCCGCACUACUUCACCUGAGCCACCCAGCCUAAAUGUACUUGUCUGUCCCCUUGUCCCCACACCAGCCUGUUUUCAUAAUAAACUUUAUUGUGACAGGCA